AUGACAACUUCAAUCUCCCUUCUCAGCUAUGGAAAAAAGCAAUGGACAGAGUUCAGAGCUCAGAUGAGAUGCAGAGUCACAAAUGCUUUUCUACAGGACUCAGAAGAGAUCUCUGAUCAUAUGUGCACACUUAGCACCAGUUGGUGCCUACCACUGCACUGCAACACUAUCUACAGUGGGAAAGAUCACUUUUUUAUGAAGACAAACUUCUGGAGCCACUGCUGUGAAUGCAGAAAUGACCACCUUGACCUGUGGUCCUAAGUGAAACAAUGCAAUUCCAUACAGGUAGAAAAAAGCAACUGGAUGAUUUAAGAGAACCCCAAUUACUCAGGACAGCAGUACUUUUUAAAAAGGGGAGACUAUUCUGACUUCCAGAAGUGGUUCAGUCUCUGCAACUCCAUGAGAUCUUGCCACGUAAUCCCCUAUUCUGUUUCCCACAAGAUUCAGCUCUGUGAAAAAGAGGAGCUCCAAGGCCAAAUGUUGGAGUUCACCAGUGACAGCCUACCAGUCCCAGGCUGCAUCCCUCUCACUGAGAUCUUCUUCCUUGACGUUUUAGGUGGCUCCUGGAUAUUGCAAGAAAUGCGCAACUUCAGGGGCUGACACUAUUUACUGAAACCCAGGGAAUACAGAAGAUUCCUUGACUGGGGUGCAGUAAAUACCAAAAUUGUCCCUUUGCAAGGGCUGGCUGACUUGCACUGA